UUUGCGAUAUUUGCUGCAGUAAGCGGCGAGUAUCUGACGCAAGAUGGACAGGCGCUUCGCGAUUGUAGUUGCAGUUCUCCUCCUGCUGACGCCUUACGCGUCUCUUGCCAAGAAGUUCACCCGCUGCGGUCUGGCUGCAGAGCUGAAGAAACAUGGCAUCACGGACGUGAGAAACUGGGUGUGCAUGGCAGAGAGUGAGAGUGGAAUGAACUCCAACGCAGUAGGAAGACCAAACAGAGACAACAGUCGAGAUUAUGGAAUAUUCCAGAUCAAUAACAAAUACUGGUGUAGAAAUGGACGCAGAGGAGGAGAUUGCAAUAUUAAAUGCGAAGAUCUGACGAACAACAACAUAUCUGACGAUAUCCAAUGUGCCAAGAAGAUUCACCGGAGGCAUGGCUUCAGGGCCUGGUACGGUUGGCGUAACAAGUGCCAGUCGCGUCUGCCUGACUUGUCCAAGUGCUGAGAGGGCUUCUUACACAUCGCAUAGAACUUCUUCACGUGAAUCUUCUUCAAUAUGUUCACUGUGUAGUAAUUAUAAAUAUAAGCAAGUCAACGAGUGUAGAAGUAGGAACGCCUUGUUCGCGAUCAGCUAAUGACUGUAACAAGCCAUUUGAGAAAUUCUGGCACACUUGAUAAUCAACCAAAAUGUUUUGUUUUACUGAUUUCAUGACGGCCUGUUAUGUAAAACAAAGAGGUAACUGUUGGAUGCAGCGUGAACCACUCGCAAACGAACUUGCCACUCGGGCAGCAAAUGGGUUGAUCAACAUUUUGUCGUUAGCUGUUCAUUGUGCUUUUAUGUCCACGACAUCGUGAACGAUAUAUAAAUAGUACGAUGACUGUGUAAUUUAUGAUGUUUUGUCUGAAUAAAUAUAAAAUAAAUUGUU